ACAUCACGCGCAGCGGACAGGCGGAGGCAUGGUGGACAAGGCUCAUGUGGCGGCCGAGCGUAGAACCGUCGUCGUGGACACCGCGCCUCCUCUGGAAGACGUGCUAUCCCGCGCGUACACAGAGAGGCCCUUCGACCUGGAUUCGUUCUUGGCCUAUGCGAAGAAGAACUUUUUUGCUGAAAACCUGACGUUUCUUGAAGAGGUGAGUGGAUCCCGGUGGUGUUCGUUGCGUACCCCCUGUCACCCCGGUAGUACGCGUACGGUACACAAUCGUCUAGCACACCUAUCUCGGGGAUAAAUCCGAGCACAAUGUGUGUUGUUCUAUUGCAGAUGGUUUUAGCGACGUUGUACAGCCAGGGAAGUAAAAACGAACACUAACGGCGAAUAAAUAUUACACGUACAAAAAUCCGACUUCCUCUAUUUUGGUUCCUUUUCCCGGUCAACAUGGUGCUGAAGGGCCCUAACGAGCCGCCGUGACUAGCCUGAACGGUUACGGCCAAUAGGCCGUCAAUGGGCCGCCCAUGGGCCAGCCAACAUCAGUGACAAUCCGUGGGCCGUCCAAAUGACAUCGUAGAAGUGACAAUACCACGCCAACCCCGAACGACGUUGCUUGGCUACCUACGGGCGGCGCGUGGUUGGCCUAUAACGACCCAUGUCCGGCUCAUGGGCGGCCCAUGGACAUCACGU